GUUUCUUCAACAAAGUAUUAGUUUAUCAACUCAGUAAAACUGAGUCAGUAUUACUUUAGUAUUUCAUUUGUCAGAUUGGAUAUUUGUUUGUGUUAUUAAUUUUUCAAUGAUUGAAGUUAGUGAAAAUACAUCAAAUAGUGGUGAUGCUGGUGCAUACUCAGAACAACGAAGCAUUCUUCUACAAGUUGCUGAAAGUACCUACAGAUUUGUUUUGGGAUCGAUUGCUGGUGCCGCUGGUGCCACUGUUGUUUAUCCAAUAGAUCUUGUGAAAACACGGAUGCAAAACCAGCGAACUGGUUUAAAAGGAAAAGUUGCAGAUGUUAUGUAUAAAAAUAGUUUCGAUUGUUUCAGAAAAGUUAUUACUCGGGAAGGUAUAUUUGGUUUGUACAGAGGAUUAGCUCCACAAUUGGUUGGUGUUUGUCCGGAAAAGGCCAUUAAAUUAACUGUUAAUGAUUUCGUUCGUGAUAGAUUAACUGAACAUACGGGUAAAAUAACUUUGCAAUCUGAAAUAUUUGCAGGCUGUUGUGCUGGAGCUUCGCAAGUUAUGUUCACAAAUCCAUUAGAGAUUGUAAAAAUUCGUCUACAGACUGCCGGUGAGGUAUCAACUAACAAUAAACUUGGUGCUGGAGCCGUAAUUAGAGAACUUGGAUUAAGAAAUCUGUACAAAGGAGCAUCUGCCUGUUUUCUCAGAGAUAUACCAUUUUCGGGUAUUUAUUUCCCAGUUUAUGCUCAUUGCAAGCUUCAUUUCGCCGGGGAAAAUGGACACAAUUCACCGGGAUCCUUACUCGUGUCAGCAGUUAUAGCAGGUGUACCGGCUGCAUAUUUAGUUACUCCCGCUGAUGUGAUAAAGACAAGACUUCAAGUAUCUGCUCGUAGUGGUCAAACAACUUACAGUGGAUUACUUGAUGCUACUCAGAAAAUCAUGAGGGAAGAAGGAUUCACUGCUUUUUGGAAGGGUGGUAUUGCUCGAGUAUUUCGAAGUGCCCCUCAAUUCGGGUUCACUCUUUUAACUUAUGAAAUUCUUCAAAGAUUUUUUUACGUUGAUUUUUCUGGUCGCCGUCCAAAUGAUAAACAAGCAAAAGCUUCAAUCCAAGCCAACAAUGAAAGUGUGGCCUUACCGUUGGGGGUUGCUAAAUAUUGAUUGUCAACUCUACUUAACUCAAUCGCAAGUAGCUUACACUCCAUGCAACUUCUCAGCCUUGGCAUUGGAUGAUGAUCAGAAAGUUGACCUUGCUUCUAAAAUUUCUCCUGCUAUCGAUUGGAUUACAAAGACAUCACAUGAUUUUUACGCCAUUUGGAUUUUGAGAAGCUAAAUAACAUUUCAAUUUAUUUAACGAGAUUUGGUGUUUACGAGGGGAAGAUUUACUUUUGAUUUCAAUCUUUCAAUAUUGUCAUCUGUCAUCAACAACAAUAACAUCUACAUCAUCUCUACAUCAGUAUGAAAAACAUGAGACUCAUGUGUAGUUUACAUAAUUAUUUAAUCAUCAUCAUCACCUUUGCAUCUCUUUCAACAAUAGUGUCAAAUCAGGCAAUAAGUGGAAAGCUGAUUAAAGACAUAUCCCAGCGAGUUAAAAAACUGUUAGAUGGUAACUUAGAUGAGAAAGGUGUUCUCAAUGUAAACAAAUGGUUCAAUGACAAUCUUCAGGAUCCUUAUUAUAUUCAAACAAUCAACAUUUCAGAGUCCGGAGCUUUAACAUCAUAUAAGGGAUACUUUC